AUGGCCUCGUCUACCACCAGCGAUAUCGAGAAAGGGGAGAAAUCUGCAGCGUCGGUCAAUAUUGCACCCGAUGUUCAGAUUGGCGAAAGUGAAUCUUCGGAUAGUCAACAACAUGGACCGCUUAAGACUGCGGUGAAUUUCCUUCUCUCUUCCGGGGUAGAGCUGCGUGGAGUGGAACCUGUUCCACCAGAGCUGCGUACAGACUCAGCUUUCAACAAGAUAUUCACUAUUUGGUGUACCAGUCUGCUGUGUCCAUUGCCACUCGUCACCGGAAUGACUGGAAUGCGUCAGAUGAUUCAAGCCCGGUAUAGCUUCGGCAUGUACCCGAACAUUCUAAUCGCGUUACUGAACAUGAUGACACUCUGCGGAUACAAUAUCAUCUGCCUUGUCACCGCCGGACAGACUCUUGCUGCUGUAUCCGGAGACACAAUCAGCCAGACAGUUGGCAUUGUCAUCGUUGCUAUCCUUUCUAUGAUUCCCGCCUUUGGAGGAUUUCAAGCUAUUCAUCACUACGAGCGAUGGGCCUGGAUUCCCGCAUUCAUUGCCAUGGUCAUUACAAUCGGUUCUGGCGGAUCAAAGCUAAAGGAACAAGUUCCGGCAGUUGCUUCUGAUGGACCGACUAUUAUCACGUUUAUCAGUUUGAUUGCUGGCUAUAUGCUACCAUACAGUACUACUGUGGGCGAUACAGCAGUCUACCUAGGACCAAAUGCUCCAAAAUGGCGUAUUUUUGCGUACUGCUGGAUGGGUAUUUGUCUACCUUCAAUUCUUCUGAUGAUUGUCGGUGCAGCAAUCGGCGGCGCUGUACCCAAUAUCCCGAGCUGGUCGGAUGCUAAUGACCGUGACUCCGUGGGAGGAAUUUUGGUAGCCAUGUUGGCGCCACUUGGAGGAUUUGGCAAAUUCAUCGCUGUCAUAUUGGCUCUUAGCGUCAUUGCGCAGAUCGCACCAGGGUUUUACUCCGUCUCGCUCGGCUUUCAAAUAAUUUGGCCCAAAUUCGCAAAAAUUCCUCGCAUUAUCUUUGUGAUUGUUGUCACAGCUGUUGAUAUCGGAGUUGGUAUCAAAGCCGCAGAGUCAUUUUUUGACUCCCUUGAGGAUUUCCUUGGUAUCAUAGGUUAUUGGAGUGCCGCAUUUACCGGCAUUCUGCUAACGGAGUGGUUUGUAUUCCGAAAGGGAAAGGCAUCCUCAUUUGAUCCCAAAAUUUGGAACAGCGUUCGAGAGUUGCCACCGGGUUUAGCAGCUCUCACUUCUUUUGUGCUCCCAUUUGCACUUGUCGUUCCCUCAAUGGACCAAGUUUGGUACGUAGGCCCAAUUGCAAAGGUUACUGGAGAUUUGGCAUUCGAAUUUGCUCUAGUUCUCGGAAUCAUGUUGUACCUGCCUUUUAGAACCUUAGAGAUCAAAUGGAUGGGCCGAGUCUAG